CAGAACUUACAGUCAGAAUCAGGUCAUGGCAUACCGAAUGGGAGGAUUUAUCCAGCAAUGCGCUGACUGGUGCUCCUCCAUCGAUGCCAGCACUAAUGGCGGCAACUGCACUUAUUUCGGCAUCUUGGCCCACUACGACUCGGGCCGCUCCAGCCGCUGUGUGAUCUAUACCCCGAACAGUGGACUUCAGCAGCCUGAGCAGCGUCUCACUGGUGGAGCUGGAUGUGUGCCAGAGGAAGACACCUGGGUCGGUCACUACUGGACCGUCUUCGAGCUCACCAGGGAGACGCCAUUGGCACCUCCUCCCAGUGGCAUUCACCCGGGAGGUCGCGGUGUCCUGGUGCGAGUUUGGAACCUCUGUCCCAAGGGCAACGCUUACAACGACGAGUGCAACUACGCCAGGCGCAAUAUGAAAGCGGCUCUGCACGCGUCCCUAAAUCCCGAGUACAGGGCGCAGAAACCCAUGCUGGAAGUCGUUCGCAACGAUGUGUUGCGUGGGGCAUUUGGCUUUGAACACACGAGGUACUCAAAUCCUGUCGACCUGGUGGCCUACCAACAUGAGGGGGCCUACAAGAACAUGCACGAGGCCACUGGCAAUCACGGCACCUUGGCCUUGGAAGGCAUUGUGGAAGAGAUGUUGGCCUUCUUCGUUGCACCCGUCACGGGUUACUAUUCCUUUCUGACCUGGGGAGACCAAGAGCAGGACGUCUGGCUGAGCCAGUCCAACGACCCUGCAGAUCUUGUGAAAGUGGCUACCCAAUUCUACUAUCAGCAAUGCAGGAGUUCAACUAGUCGCCGGCGCAACGUCUAUGCUGGCUGCAGCAUUUUCAACAACUACCGGAAGCAAGACAGCCGGUACUGGGACACCAACUUGGAGGCACAUCAGGGAACCAACUUCACAAGGACCCCGUUCUUCUCCGGCGAAGACUUGGGAUAUCGAACGCCCACGGAGCAGACGAUGUAUUUGACCAAAGGCGAGCGGCGCUUCUUCGUGAAGCGCGCUGCCCUGGCCGAGGAUUGGCGCCCGGGAGGCCUUGAGAGCCGGCGGCGGCGAAGAGCCCGUCAAUUCACCGGUCUGCGAAUCCAACGACCGGAUUUAUCCGACAAAACGGAUGAACAGAAGGCCCUGCUUUCUUCUCGCAAGGGCUGGCCGGAGAUCUUAGUCUUCAAGAAAAUCAUCGAGAAGACGGAUGGCCAGUGGCGUGUGGGGCUGCGUGAGCAUCGCCUGGAUGAACCGACCUGGUCCGACUGGAUCACAUGGAAUUUCAACGAGUGGUCUCUUUGCCCCGAGUUGACGGAAGCCUUGAACUUGAUGGUCAUGCCCAGUGGCACCAAAGUCGCCACGGAAGGCUGGUGGAUGGAUUCCUAUAGCGCCCUGGCGAUCGGAUUUGGAGCGAUCUCAAGGUCCUGGGCGGGUGGCCUAGGCAACCCCAGCAACUCCCUUGAGACGGUGACGGAAUAUAUGAUCCACAUGUGGCGGCCGGGCGGCAACUUGCCUCCGGUGCUGAUUGAGUAUGACCUGAUGCGAAGCAGAGUGGAGGUCGCUGUGGUGUCCAACGGCAACGGCAACGACUUGUUCCUCUGGCCGCUGUCGGCCUCCCUCUUUGAGGUGCCGGCGCUUGAGAGUUCGGUGCAAGUGACCGUGACGGGCGUGACGGCCGCCCACAGCACUCGGACCACCAUGGAGACGAACGUCAGCAACUUCACCAACGACACUGAGGUCCUUGGAGCCCCGGUAGGUGAUGUCGGAGAUUCCAUUCCCAUGCGUCCAGGGACAGUUCAGCGCUACGCCCUUCGGCCCAGAGCUGCUCUGAAAGCCUGGGCUGUGAAUUUUCCAGCGCCAUUUCAGGACUAUCGUCCAGCAACAUCCUCGACAGCACGCAACUCUAUGACACUCUGGAGGAAUGCCAGCAGAGAUGCUGCCAAGACGAGGACUGCUUCGGCGUGUCCUACGACUCUGCAACCAAGUACUGCACGAAGCACAAAGAGUUCCAAGACCAUCAACUGGAGUGGCUCGGCCAAUUCAUCGAGCAGCGGCGUCUACUCGUCGGUCGUCUCGCGAAGGCCGUCCACAGAUGGAUAUGCAGCCUUCCGUGGGCGCUUCGUCUUCGAGGGCAUUCCGCUGGGCGUCUACGCUGGACACCGUUCAGUGACCUUCUGCAAAGAGCGUUGCGCUGCCGAACCGUCCCUGGGCAUCGCUCGGCUCUGCAACUCCUUUUCGUACCAUGAAACCUGGGGAUGCCACCUGAGGAACCAGCCGAUCAAGGUCAUUUUGAGCCUGAUCUGGGAAGACAAUGACGACCGCUGGGUGUACUACAAGACCAUGUGCGCGGCGGUGCACGACUGGUCUGAGGCUGACAGGACCAGAGCUUUCUUCCCCAGCGAUCCCUUUGGCAGUUCGACCAGCAACCUGGGCAGAAGCACGAUCGCACAGGCCUACCCCGGCCGGCGUCGUUCGAGGGUUGUGCGCCAAGGCUCCUUGCUGCGGACGUCGUACUCCAUGGUCAGCACGCAGGAUUCCACUCGGCGCUUGAGCGACCUGUUUGAUGAGGAUGAUGAGACGUCCAGCUUCCGACGCCUUGACAGCGUCUGCGAGCAGAACUGCACGGAUUUCUGCAACAACACCGGGGACGUAUCGGAUGAUGCUUCGGUGGACGAGGUGUCGUGCUUGGACGACUGUUUGGUGAAGAAUUGCGGUAUUUACCCCGUGGCCACCAACACGAGCACCACCCGAACUCUGACGUCCACCACCACCACCACGUUGCCACCGCCACCGGUGCGCCUGGUGCAGCUCUCAGGCGAUAUCUUCAACGUCGGAGACGCAUUGCCACAGGAAGGAACUGUGGCUGGACGUGUGGAGGUCUUCUACAAUGGCGAAUGGGGGACGGUCUGUAAGGACAACUUCGGAGAUGUCGAGGCCUCCGUGGUCUGUGGUGAAUUGGGCCUGACCAGCACCUUUGCCCGAGCCGACACCUCUGCGGCGUCUGGAAGCCCGGGCUCGGAGAGUCAACCCAUUCUACUGGAUGACGUGAGCUGCACAGGGACCGAGAGCCAUUUGAGUCUCUGCGACUCCUCUGGCUGGGGCGUACACAAUUGCUUCCACUCGGAGGAUAUCAAGGUGGUGUGUGACAGCACCUCCAGCACACGAACCACGCAGACCCACACCUCCUUCACCGUGACCACUUCGACCACGACCACCACUUCCUUCCAGACGGUCUUGGUCACACCCAGGACUGGUCUCCUGCGGCAAGAUCUGACCGGCCGCUGCGUGAGCCCUGUGAGCUGUGAGGAGGAGGCGGCUUUGCAGGCUUCUGCUGGCGACCAUCACACAGUACUUCUCAGAAGUGAUGGCAGGGCUGUGGCUUGCGGACUGAACGGUGAUGGACAAUGCGACAUUCCGACUCUUGAUCCAGGGACUUGGUACGCUGCAGAUGUGUCAGUUGGUAGAAACCUUGUGUUGCAACUAGAUUGUUCUUGCCAAGCUGAUGCUAUGCUGCUGACUUUCUCUGGUUUGACUGGGGAGGAAGUGAUGCACUUGAAUGCAAGUCCAUCUGAUCCUGCCUGGAAUACGCAGAAACGCAUCGCGCGUGAAUUGAAGGUUCCACUCCAAAGUCUUCGAGUGGUUUUACCCGAUGGACAGUUGUUGGCCUCAGCCUGCCGUGCGAACCCAGGAGCUAGCCUUGCAGAUGUCAUUGAAACUCGCAAGCGUCGGCGUCUCACCUAG